AUGAUUGCUACACAAAAGGCAGACCACAAACUCCUCGACGAAACUCUGAUGUUCUGGGAGAAACAAACGAAGUUUGUCAAAAACUUGGACGCGGGAUUGACAAAGAUAGUCAACACGAUGACAAAACAUGGAAACUACUUGGAGGACUUCAUCGUCUCCAUAAACCCCAAACCGGUGAAUAUUGACGUCCCAUCACUGAUUACCAUCGUGAAUGGUCUUCGCAGUGUCUGCGACACAUUCAACAUGAUGGAAAGACAAGUCACCGAUGUGUUGAUGGAACCGACGAAGAAAAUCAACAUGUAUCUGGACUCAAUGAAAAAGCCAAUCAAAGACGCAAAGAAGAACGAAGUGAAUGAGAUGACGGCAAUACAGACACACAAAAUUGGUGAGUACCUCAGAGUGCAAACUCCCAUGUUGUUUUUGGAUAUGUUCCGAAUAUUUAACUCACACUACCUGCUCGGAUUAAAUUACUUGCCGAAUAUCACACCGUUCCAGGAGAUAUAUAACAAGGCGGUCGCCAAAUCAAACAGUGAAACUCCCGCGCCAGAAAAGAAUAUUAUAUAUCACCAACCACUUAUCAGUAUAUUAGCUGCGGAAGGUAGAACAACGAAACAAAUUCCUAAAGCACUUGAAGACAUCAUCAGCAUUUUGUACGUCAAAGGUUGUUACACAAAUGGGAUUUUCAGAGAAAAUUCGUUGGCAAACAAAGAGCAAGUCGAAAAGCUUGCACUGAGUAUCUCGUUCAUUAACUUCGAGCAACAGCCGCCUGAGGUUACAGCCGCCGUCUUGAAGUCGUAUCUCCGCAACAUGGUCGAGUCGGUCAUUGACAACAACACAACACAAACACUUCUCGAGACGUGGAACGGCGCAGCAAUCAGCAAGUUUGGUAUCAAGGAGAAGACGCUUGGCGCAAACGCGUUGAUUCAUUCUCUUCCCGCUGCUCAUCUCUCUUUGUUCAAGGGGUUAAUGAAGCUUGCUUUUAAAAUCACGAUGUACAAGGACAUCAACAUGAUGGACGCGAAAAACCUUGCUGUCUGUCUUGCUCCUUGUAUCAUCAGGACUGCAACCAACUCAUUUGAGACUGUGCAAAUUGUCAUCGCGUUCCUGAUCUUCGUUAUCGACAACUACCCAACACUUUUCCCAGAUGAUGUUGAUUCGGGGAUUUAUAGGCGGACACAGUGCUUGGAUUUCUUGUCAACAAGUCCAACCUUCCUCUCUUCUAUGAAUGAAGAUUACCCACAAAGUAAGGGAUUUAUUAACAAAACUCUUCACAAGAAAAAGGCUUCAACUUCUUUGGAAACGUCCCCCAGAAACUCCGCCCAAAUACCUCCCCUUUCCGUUGCCCAAUCAUUCUCUCAAUCUCACCAAAAUCUCAACCUCUCUCGUCAAACCCUUGCCGGAACGAAAGUGUCUCCAAUAGUUCAGGAAUUAACAACACGUAAAGCGCUCAACCCCGUCUCUGCGUCUCGGGCACAGACAAUGAAAAACCCAAAGUCAUUACAAAACUCUCCACGUGUACAACAAGAAAACCAAAUAAAAAGCCAAAAACCUUCGCUCCCCACUAGGCCAAAGCCACAAACCCCAACCAAACCAGUGCAAACACAACAAACUAUGCAAGACGAAAAAACUACUUCGGCCGGAUCCCCACGACAAAAUGUCUCUUCCUUAGCCAGAAAAUUUGCUCAACAAACAAACUAA